AUGUUAAGUCUUAAGACAUUACCACUGCUGCUUUUACUCCAUACUCAGCUCUCCACAGCCUUCCCUGUACCUGCUGAAUCCCUUGAAGAGAAAAAUACAAAAUUUGUUCAGAAUUACCUAGAAAAGUUCUACCAUUUGCCCAAGAUUCAUCAGUCUGAAAGGAAGAACAGCACUAGUGUGAUUGUCGAAAAGCUUAAAGAAAUGCAGCGGUUCUUUGGGUUGAACGUGACAGGGAAGCCAGAUGAUGAAACCUUGAAGACAAUGGAAAAGCCUCGCUGUGGAGUACCUGAUGGUAGUGAUUUUAUGUUAACUCCAGGAAAUCCCAAGUGGGAAAACAUGAACCUGACCUACAGGAUUAGAAAUUAUCCUUUUAAUUUGAGAAAGGAUGAUGUGGAAACAGCUAUUAAGAGAGCCUUUGAAAUCUGGAGUGAUCCAACACCCUUGAACUUCACCAGGAUCUUAAAGGGAAAAGCAGACAUUGAGAUUGGUUUUUUCAUAAAAGAUCAUGGUGACAAUUCUCCAUUUGAUGGACCCAAUGGAAUCCUUGCUCAUGCCUUUCAACCAGGCUACGGUAUUGGAGGAGAUGCUCAUUUUGAUGCAGAAGAAACAUGGACUAACACCUCCAGAAAUUACAACUUGUUUCUUGUUGCUGCUCAUGAAUUUGGCCAUUCAUUGGGGCUCUCCCACUCCUCUGAUCCUGGUGCCUUGAUGUAUCCCACGUAUGCUUUCAGAGAGCCCAGCACAUACUUGCUCCCUCAAGAUGACAUCAAUGGCAUCCAGGCCAUCUAUGGACAUUCAAGCAACCCUAUCCAGCCCACUGGACCAAGCACCCCCACGGCCUGUGACCCCAGAUUAACAUUUGAUGCUAUCACCACACUCCGAGGAGAAAUAUUUUUCUUUAAAGACAUGUACUUCUGGAGAAGGCAUCCUCAGCUACGAAGCGUCCAACAAGACUUUAUUUCUCUAUUCUGGCCAUCCCUGCCAAAUGGAAUACAGGCUGCUUAUGAGGAUCUUGAUAAGGACCUAGUUUUCUUAUUUAAAGGCAACCAAUAUUGGGCUCUGAGUGGCUAUGAUAUUCAGCAAGGUUAUCCCAAGAAUAUAUCAAACUAUGGCUUCCCCUGCAGUGUCCAAGCCAUUGAUGCAGCUGUUUCCUACAGGGGAAAAACAUACUUCUUUGUGAACAAUCAAUUCUGGCGAUAUGAUAACCAAGGACAAUUCAUGGAACCAGGUUAUCCCAAAAGCAUAGCAAAUACCUUUCAAGGAAUAGAAAGGGUUGAUGCAGUUUUCCAACAGCAUGACUUCUUCUUUUUCUUCAGUGGACCACGAUAUUAUGCAUUUAAUCUCAAUGCUCAUAGAUUUACUAGGGUUGGAAGAGGCAAUAAAUGGCUUAACUGUAGAUAA